AUGGCUUCCGCCGAGGAGCUAGCGUCGGACGCACACGCCUUCCCGAGCGGCGGCGACGACGGCAGCACGAUGUCGGCGGCGCUGUCGCCGCCGGUCGUCGUGUCGGUGCUCGCUUCGCUGCUGGAACGGCACAUCGCCCGCAACGAGAGGGCCUUGGCCGCGAGCCCUGGCACGGCGUCUUGCCACGACGAGGCCACCGGAGACGACGCGAGGAGAAUCGCGGCCUUCGACGGCGGCACGGUGCUGGACAUGGGCAUGCGGGAGUUCCUGGAGCGGUUCUCACGCUACGCGCACGUCUCGCCGCAGGUGUACGUGGUGGCGUACGCCUACCUGGACCGGCUCCGCCGCGGCGCCGGCGACGGGCCGGUGGUGCGCGUGGUGUCGACCAACGCGCAGCGGCUGCUCACGGCGGCCAUCCUCGUGGCCUCCAAGUUCGUGGAGGAUAGGAACUACAAGAACUCCUACUUCGCGGCCGUCGGCGGCCUCAGCGCGGCGGAGCUGGGCGAGCUGGAGCUGGACUUCCUCUUCCUCAUGCGCUUCAGGCUCAACGUCAGCGUCAGCGUCUUCCGGAGCUACUGCCGGCACCUCGAGAGGGAGGUGGGCCACGGCGGCGGGUACCAGGUCGAGAGGUGCCUCCAGAAGGCACUCCUCGUCUGCGCCGGGGAGUCGCGGACGCAGUACCGGCAGGCGCCGGCGGCAGCAGCAGCUCAGUAA